AUGUUGACUCGUUAUAUGUUAAGAACCAUUGGUUCUUCGCCAUUGCGUUCUAGAUUAAUCACAUCUACCUCAUUAUUAGCAUUAAACAAUUCCAGAUCAUUGAUGAGAUCGAUUCCGGUCAGAUCUUACUCUUCUAAAGAAACUGAUAAGAAAAAAAAUGAUCAACCUCAAAGUAUCUUAACUGAAGAUAUCUUAGCUAAAGCUGGAUUUGAAGAUAUUGAUCCCAAGAAUCAUCAAGCAAAGGAAGGUGAACAAGAAAACCCUACUGAAGAAGAAUCCAAUGAUGGAUCUCAAGGUGAAAAAACCACUAGAAGAAGUAGAAGAAGAGCUCAAACUUCUAAAGAUAUAAAACGUGAAAGAGCUGCUAAUUUAUUUUAUUUAUUUUCAUUUGCUGGUGCUAUAGUUGGUGUAGGAUAUUUAAGUAGAGAUUGGGAUAAUGAAAAAGAACAAAAAUCAUUAGAAGCUGAAAACAUUGAUAAUGGUUAUACUCCUCAAUUAAUGUAUGAAAGAUUAACCAAAAGAUUAAGUUCAUUAUUUACCUUUUUUUCAGAACCUGCUUUUGAACAAUUAUUACCUCCACCAGCUCCUGAAGCUUAUAGAAGACCAUUAACUUUAGUGUUAACCUUAGAUGAUUUAUUAGUUCAUUCUUCAUGGGAUACUAAACAUGGAUGGAGAACUGCUAAAAGACCAGGUUUAGAUUAUUUCCUUGGAUAUUUAUCUCAAUAUUAUGAAAUUGUUAUUUUUGGUUCCAAUUAUCAAGUUUAUUCUGAUAAAACUGUUAAUAAAUUAGAUCCUUAUCAUGCUUUCAUUUCAUUUGCGUUGUUUAAAGAAGCUUGUCGUUAUAAAGAUGGUAAGAAUAUUAAAGAUUUAUCCUUAUUAAAUAGAGAUUUGGGUAAAACCAUUAUGAUUGAAGUUGAUGAAACUUGUGCUUCAUUACAACCUGAAAAUUCGAUUGUUUUAAAACCAUGGGAAGGAAAAUCUGAUGAUGAUUUAAUUAAAUUAAUUCCAUUUUUAGAAUAUUUAGCUACUCAACCAGUUAAAGAUGUUAGACCAAUUUUAAGUUCAUUUAAAGAUAAAUCUAAUAUUAUUGAAGAAUUUACUGAAAGAGAAAGAUUAUUAAGAGAAAGAUGGGCUAAAGAUAAUCAACAUUUAUUAAAUCAAACUGGAAAACCAAAUGCUGGAAAUUUCUUAGCUCAAUUAUUUGGGGUACCAAGUUUUAAUAAAGAACCAAAAAUGCCAUUAGAUAUUAUUAGAGAACAUGGUCAAUUUCAAUAUCAACAAAUGUUAAAACAUUUGAAUGAAAACAUUCAAAAAUUUUUAGAAGAUGAUAAAAAAUUCACUGAACAAUUUGGUAAAACCAGUAUUAAUAAAUUAUUAACUGAAGAAAGACCAAGUCCAGAAAAGAUUGCUGAAAUGCAAGCUGAAUUCAAGAAGAAACAAGAAGAAGAAGAAGCUGCUGCUGCCAGAUCUGCUGCUACUAAAGCUUAA